CUUUGGAGGGCUGGCGAGCAGUGGGAUACCUACGGGCAGGAAGUGACGGGACUGCACUGAUUUCAGAAGGAGGGGAGAAAAGCGAGAAAGGUAUCAACACAAAGCAGACUGCGGAGCAACGUGGGACCGCGUCGGUGGUGGAGUGAACUGUGCCUGAUCUCAAUAACACCGGAGCGAGAAACUUUUUCAAUGGAAGGAGGUUACCAGCAGUGAGGAGCGGAGAUUUUACUCUGCAGGCUCAGAUAUCCAUGACUGUGUUCACACUUCUGCAAAGCAUCGGCACCAUAUGGAACAGUGACCCACAAGCCUCCAGCCUCCCCCAGCUUUGAAAAUGAGGGACAAAACUUAACGCAAAAGGAGGUGGUGGUCGGGGGGAGAAAAGUGUGGGAGACAGUUGGAGGAUAUGAACUCAGAUCUUCAGGUUCCGCCACGAUUAUUCGCUCCGUCGGGUUCAAUUUUGCGUCUUCGGGGAUGUUUGCGGGUUGCACCUCUGCGGCUUCGGUUCGAACGCUGGCCCGCCUCUGCGUCCUGGUGCUGAUGGUCGCCGUGGGAUUCGGGUCAGAGCUUCGGGUUCGGGUCCGGCUCUCGGACGGGUUGGUGACCGAUGAGGUUUUGGAGGCGGACAGUGAGAGAGACUCGAUAUCGCUGGAAUUUAAGCAAGGAGAUGGGACCCUCAUCACCUUUGUGGCUGACUUUAAACAGGAAGUGAAAAUAUUCCGAGCACUGAUCCUGGGCGAGCUAGAGAGAGGGCAGAACCAGUACCAGGCGCUGUGCUUCAUCUCUCGCCUCAGCCGCAAUGAGAUCAUCCCCAGUGAGUCCAUGGCCCGUCUCAGACAGAAAAAUCCUCAUGUCAUACGUCUGGCAGAGGAGCGAAAAGGGCUGGAGCAGCUGACGAUGAGCGCUGCGGUGAAUCUCAGCCGGGCUGGGCAGCUCAGCUCCCACAUCCACAACAUGUGCAGCGAAGCUCAAGAGGCCAUUUACACAAGGGAGGCAGAUGUGAAACACUGGCUGGAGAAAGGAGUAGAUGGCUCAAUAUUUGAGGUCUUAGCCCAAACGACAGAAGCACCCAGCUUUCAGGCCUGUCAUUCUACUAAAGACUUGUGGCAGCCAUGUCUCUGCACAUUUGGCCUGCGUCUGGAGUGGUACCCAUGUCUGCUUAAGUACUGCCGCAGCCGGGACGGCACAGCCAAAGGAACCACUUACAAGUGUGGCAUCAGGAGCUGCAGCAAGGGCUACCAUUUUACCUACUAUGUUCCCCAGAAACAGCUCUGCCUAUGGGAUGAGGAGACCUAGCGUUUUUCUUUGGGCAGUUUAAAAUGGAGGAAAAAUAAUUUCUCCAAAGACAAGCCAGUGCUUGUCCACCAGUUCUAUACAUGGCAAAACUGGACCUUGACCAGCAAGAUGGUAAAUCAACAUUUUAUGUAUUGGGAGUUAAUGAUAAAAAGGAGAUCAAUUCAGUGACCCCAAACAAAGGAACGACAACUGUCACAAGUAAAUGACAUUCUUCUUAUCCUCGUUGUUAAUUUGCCAAAAACUACCAACUUUGUGCCUCUUUUGGAAGAAUUAUUGUGGAAACAACACAAGACAACAACUGCCUCUGAAACAAGCUUCGAUGUGCACAAAGCUGAACGGUGUGUUUGUGGGGAAUGAAACGGCAGUGGAAAAACAACUGCGUCCCCCCCUUACCGCCGUGGAGGGAGACCUCUUGGUGAAGGACAAUAAGGAUGGUGAAUUUAUCUUCGCUGUAAGCUUCUAUAAAAAAACUAAAAGUAUAUGGCCAGUUAAAGCACCUGUUUAUAAACAGGUUCACAAAGAAAUUGCCUUGCCAACCGUGGAGUUAUUUUUGUUUUGGUUGCAACACAAAAUUGUUAAGGGCUAUUGUAUGAUCUUUUCAUAUUGCUCUUAAUGAUUUUCUUGGAAUUUUUCUUCGAUUAGACAAGCUCUUACAUCAGCCUAUCUAAACAGCAAGUCCUCAGAAAAACUAAAUAUUAUGCUAAGACAUCUGUAACUCCUGGGAUUUGGAUAUUGUUUAUACAGGUGUAAUGUUUAUUUGUUCCUAUCAUGUCUUUGCUGUACAGCCUUUCUUUCCACCCAAUUUAUACUCUUAAGGAGCCAAUUCCUGUUCUAACACUCUUAGAAAAAAGUGCCAAAUAAACCUAAUUUAGCAGAAAUACAACUUUUAAAAGGGGUGAGAGUGUCCUUUUCUAGACAAGAGCUAAUCAGUAUGUUUCACACAGAAAAAAAACGUUUGUGAUCUUUACUGCCAUCUUCUGGUAGAUUGAGGUGUAGGUUCAACUGCCAUAAAUCUGUUUUGUUUUCUUUUUGUUUUUUAAUAUUAUCACUAAGAUGUUUAAUUUAUACAUUUUUAGUAUUUGGUCAUUACUUGCAUAGUUGAAGAAGCUGUUCAUGGGACCAACUUAAGCUAUGUCUGUUUGUCUGAUGUCCAGAGUAAUAUGUGGAAGUAGAUUUGAAUUGUCUUACCUCUUUAAUGGUCUUUAGCUACCAUAUAAACAUUUAAUUUUUACUUUUCUUGUUGUUGGCUUCUCCUGCUAACUAAAGAACCAAAUAAGUGAAACAUUUGUCACUGUGGCCUUUUUGUGUUAAUCAAGUGCCUUAACAUUUCCACAGAUGUUUUUGCAAUGCAAUUGUAGAUUGAGUGGUUGAACAUAUUUUUCUAUGAAAGAGAUUUUUUGAAUUGUUGUAAAUAGUUGUCAUAAAAAGAAAAUAAAACAAUUUAGGUAUUGUAUCUUGUAGAGCUGUUUUACAGAAAUUGUUUCAAUAAAGUCAUUUUGCACUGCAUAAGAGA